AUGUUCAAGUGGAUCCUCAGCAACGCAUCUUCCUUGCUCUUAAAGAAUGCGAGGGCUUGGGAAAUUUCGGUGUUCGGCGUGGUUGCACGUAAAAACCGUAUUAUCGAGCAUGCCCAGGCACGCUUGAAGGCGAUUGAGGCUGGUGACGGCAUGUUUUCCGAUGAUGAACCCUUUGUUAUUCCCGGUGGUCUAUAUAUUGGAUUUAACGACCUUUUCAUCACUACGGAUGCUCGCACUCUUCACUAG